AUGGAAUUGUACUUGAUCGCACAAUGCGCCGAUAAAUCGGUGAACGUUGCGUCAUUUUUGGGCGCAUCCGACCACCUGAGCAACUGGCUAUUGAAAGAAGUGAAUGGUGGGAUUGAUGUUCGGAAUUUGUCGAUAGGCUCCCAAGCAAGGUUAGCCGAUACGCCCGAGUUAUAUGGCUUACUGUGCUCUCCGCCCCCAACCUCCUUGAUAACGACACCUUCAAUUACGUAUGACGUUUUCAAUUCUGACAUCCAGGAGAAAAGAAAAGAAAAUCUGUCCCUGCCCAACCAUUCAAUGUUUGUCGGCAUUUCUUCGGCAGUAUCAGCUCGAUUCACGGUCACGACAGGGGCGAUACUACCUGCGCCUAGUUUCGAUGAUUCCCAGCGCAGGGACGCGACUAUCAUAAGGAAACCAACAAAGCAAGAAGGCGCGGGCAUGGGUGACGGCAACGGUCGCUUCAACGAUGUUUACGAAAAUUUGGACUUGGAAGGGUCGCUACUGAAGUUCGUUUUCUUCACACAACGUCACCUACAGUACUUGACCAUUGCAUUCAAAUUGAGAAGACGAAUCUGGUUUUAUGAAAGGGAGAUAUUUGCUGGGAAAGGCUGA